CGCCCUCAAGAGAGCGUGGACUAAACAUCUCGUUACGGUUACACAAAUCAAGUUUCCAAGAACCCAUCAAAGAUUCAAAGAUCCUUCCUUUCUCAUCCUGAAUUUUCGGAACGAUUACAAAAAUUUUUAUAUAAAAAAAUGUUUUCAAUUCAGAGAAAUUAACAUGAAUCAUUCACUCUCUUCUUCUUCUUUAUCCUCAACAUCGAAUUCGUCUUCUUCUUCCUCUUCAUCAACAACAACAUCAUCAACUUCAUGGUUCUCGGGGAUUGUCCGAGGCCGCUCUUUUAGGUCUUCAAGUGCCAAAGUUUCUAACAAUGCCUUGCCCUCCGGCCUGGAUUUCUUAGGUCCGGUCAAGGGAAGGAACCAGUUUCGUGGAGUUCUCUUUAAGUACGGUCCCAAGCCUACCCAGGUUGCCUUUAAAACUGGUGAAUAUAAACAACAAGUUAUUUUUAUUGGUGGAUUAACUGAUGGUUUUUUUGCAACUGAAUACUUGGAACCUCUUGCAAUCGCUUUGGACAAAGAGAGAUGGUCACUUGUGCAGCUACUUAUGUCAUCUUCAUAUACUGGAUAUGGCAUUUCCAGUUUGAAACAAGAUGCCAUGGAUCUUGAUCAGCUUAUCGGUUAUCUGAUUAACAAAGAAGACUCUGAGGGUGUGGUACUACUUGGUCAUAGUACGGGUUGUCAGGAUAUCAUCCAUUAUAUGCGUACAAAUGCAGCAUGUUCAAGAGCAGUGCGUGCUGCAAUUUUGCAGGCUCCAGUCAGUGAUAGGGAAUAUAGGGCAACUUUUCCUGAAACGGCUGCCAUGAUUGACUUGGCUUCAAGCAUGAUAAAAGAAGGCCGAGAGUCAGAAUUAAUGCCCAGGGAAGCAGAAUCAUCUGCUCCUAUUACAGCUUAUAGGUAUCACUCUCUUUGUGCCUACAUGGGCAAUGAUGACAUGUUCAGUUCUGACCUUACCGACGAUCAGCUGAGACAGAGACUUGGUCAUAUGGCUAAUACACACUGCCAGGUUAUAUUUUCUAUGGCUGAUGAAUAUGUUCCAGAGUAUGUUGAUAAAAAAGCAUUGGUUGAAAGAUUAUGCAAAGCUUUGGGCGGAGCAGAGAAAGUUGAGGUUGAACAUGGGAAUCACUCCCUUUCUAACAGAUCCCAGGAAGCUGUUCAGGCAAUAAUGGCCUUUGUCAAAAGAGAAGGACCAAAAGGCUGGGAUGAUCCAUGGAGCUAGAACUGCCCCACUUCUCAUUCUAACAAUCUUCUAAUUCUUAUAUUCUUUUUUGUUGUUGGCAUAUAGUUCCUCAUAAAAUUAUAAUAUGCUUGUUCAUUUGAUAUGGGCUUGAAAUUUGUAUGCAUCUUUAAUGAAAGUAUAUUGUUUCAUUAUCA